AUGGAGGCUCCUUCGCAGAACGGGAGGGCCAGGUCGUCGUCAGCGGCGAGAAGCAAUAGUAACUCCCACUUCACCCAAGUACAAAAUAACCUCAAUUCGCUCCAAUUUACCGACCCUACCAACAACAACCAGCUACACGCCGACCAAUCACUUUCGGGGAAUAACAACAAUAACACCUAUCCAACAACUACGUCGUCAAGCAACGAGCAGUUUCUCUUCACAACCCCUUACCUGGCAGCUACAUCUCAGGACGGACUUGGAUUCACCACCAAUGUGACUGCGCCAGAGCGUGCGUUCAACCAACAAGAGGAUUUCUCCCAAGCGUUUGAUACCAGUUUCCUCGACCAGCUGGAACAGCCCGGUACUGGCGUGAACGACAGUCGAGACUCCCAGCCGUUUCCAGACUUUGACAAUUCGGACCAAGGAUUUAAUUUCGAAGAGUUCGGCACCUUCACACAUCAAGACCAGACCUCGGGAUUCAAUACAUCUAACGCAAUGAUGGGUACUAUCCAGCAGCCUACUAUCAACCCGGCAAACUUUGCCCAUCCACUGUCCUCGCCGCAAAUGCCAACCUCUCCCCAUUUAGUUCCUCCGGAGACGGUUUCGUCCCCUAACCGCCCUGCCUCCCCGGCUGCCGCUUCGAGUCCGGGAACGUUUUACACGCCCCAGCACUCACGGCAUACUUCUCUAGACCCUGCCAGCGCAGCUUAUAUUACUAGCGGUGGUGUUCAGUCUGACUGGCAAGGGAUACUUGGGCAGAGUUCCUUCCAGGGCCAUCGACGUGCCCCAUCAGAGCAUUCAGAUGUCUCGUCAGUGUCACACUCACCAUUCUUACCGCAGCAUGACACGUUCGAUGCCUCUACCCAUGCUUCUGCUCAUCCUUCUGCUCAUCCAUCUCCUCACCUUCCCCCUCAAACUGACCCGAGCCUGUACGACAAUGCAUUCGGAAUGGAGACCUUUACGAUAUCAGAGCGUGAACAGAAACGAGGAUAUAGUCCAGGACAUAGUCCCUAUAUCUCUCCUCGUCUUUCACCACAACUGCAUAACGCAGAAUUAGACCCAGACAAUUCGUUACUUCUGGCUCAACAUAUGCCUCAAAAUUCUACCCAGGAUCCAUAUUCUAGCACAUCAGCUCCGUCUAUGCCCGGAUUCCAAGCACAAACUGGUCCAGGGGAUAUGGGACAAGCAGCUCAGAUGACCCCUCCUUCGAUUAACGUUGAAUUCGCACCGCCUUCAAGGACAUCGACCGUGGAUGCUCCAAAAUUAAAUGCAGAUGGGGAUACAUUAAGCCCUCCAAUCAGCCGUGCUCGUGGACGAAGUAAAUCGGAUCCAUAUAUGUCACGGCCAAUGUCACCAUCUUCGCUUGGUUCUGUUCUCGGUGGUGCUACUUCCAACACCAGCUCCUUAUCACCAUCCAGGGUUUCUGGUGGCGCUUUCAGUACACCAUCUUCACGGGAAGCUUCGCCAGCGAGCAAGAAUCGACGCCAGUCAACCUCAUCCCUUGACAAUCGUACCUACAUUCUAGACCUCGCAAACCCCCAGCGACCUGGAUCCAACCCACAAGACCCGAAAAGAGUACAGAAACACCCCGCAACAUUCCAAUGCACACUUUGCCCUAAGAAAUUCACACGAGCAUAUAACCUCCGUUCCCAUCUCCGAACCCACACGGAUGAAAGACCAUUUGUCUGUACCAUUUGUGGUAGAGCUUUUGCCCGCCAGCAUGAUCGGAGACGCCACGAAAGCUUACAUUCUGGCGAGAGAAGAUUCGUCUGCCGUGGCGAUAUGUCUAGCGGUCGUCAAUGGGGAUGUGGUCGACGCUUCGCCCGCGCCGAUGCCCUUGGCCGCCAUUUCCGCUCGGAGGCCGGUAGAGUAUGCAUAAAACCUCUUCUUGACGAAGAAGCUAUCGAGCGAGACAACCUCAAUCAGCAGCAGCAACACCAGCAGCAACAAGGGGGCACACCACAGGGUCACUUACAACCAACCAACCAGCCGUUAACAGUACAGGGCAUGGACGGACAUGGAGGCUCCUUUACACUACCAGCUGCUUUACUGGCUCAAUAUCCUGCACUGCAGGGUUUGCAGUGGGAUCAAAUGGUUGCUCCGGUGGACGAUAAUAGCGACAUCGGAGGACGAAGUAGCUUUGACGCAAGUUCUGGCGGAGAGUUCGGCUUUGGUGACGAAGAGGAUUCCGUCAAUGCUGGAUAUCUAAACCAUUCUCCCGGUCAACAGCAGCAACAGAUGGGCGGCGAUCCGCUUAACCCUGGCGCUGCUGGAGGUGGCUGGCCACAAUCAAACCAAAGUUGGGCUAAUGAGUAUAAUGGGAUCAGAUAA